AUGAUGGACUCACAACCCGUCGACCCCGAAGCGCUCGCCCCGGUCGCGACCGACGGGAUGGCAGAUGUCGGGGAUGUGCAGCUGCUGGCACGGAUGGGCUACAAACAGGAACUUCGUCGGCAGUAUUCUACCACGCAAGUUUUCGCAAUCGCAUUCAGUAUCAUGGGCUUGGUGCCCUCAAUCGCGUCGACGCUCUCGUUCUCUCUCCCCGCGGGUCCGGUCGGGAUGGUCUGGGGAUGGUUCACGGCGAGCAUAUUCAUUUUAUUGGUUGGGCUGGCAAUGGCUGAUCUCGCGUCUGCCAUGCCGACGGCCGGAGGGCUAUAUUGGUGGACACAUUAUUUCGCCGGACCGAAGUGGAAGAGACCAUUGAGCUUCUUGAUCGGAUAUAGCAACACAUUGGGCUUGAUCGGUGGCAUGUGUUCGGUGGAUUACACCCUCGCACUCAUGAUCCUCUCCUGUGUCUCAAUAUCACGGGGAGAUGGAUGGUCCGCCUCGCGCGGCGUUAUCUAUGCUGUUUACGUCGGCCUGAUUUUCUUCCACGGGCUAUGCGGCUCCUUCAGUGGACGCCUAAUGCCAAAAAUCCAGACAUUUUGCAUCUAUAUCAACAUUGCCCUCGUGGUUGCGACCGUAAUUGCCUUGCCAGUUGGAAAAGUGACGCGUGGUGGGUCCCUCAACGCUGGCAAUUAUGUGUAUGGCCACAUCGACAAUGAGACCACAUGGCCGACUGGAUGGGCAUUUAUGUUGGCAUGGCUCGCUCCGAUCUGGUCAAUUGGCUCCUUUGACUCUUGUGUGCACAUGAGCGAAGAAGCUAUGCAUGCAUCCAAGGCUGUUCCUCUUGGAAUCGUCUGGUCGGCGGGCUCUGCAUUUGUGCUUGGCUUCCUGGUGCUAUCCGUCAUCGCUGCUACUAUGAACCCGGAUGUAAGCGCGACAAUCAACACCAAAUUCGGUCAGCCAAUGGCCCAAAUAUACUAUGAUGCAUUAGGCAGAGACGGCGCUUUGGGUUUCAUGGCUGUGCUUUGCGUCAUUCAGUUCCUUAUCGGCCUCAGCUUGAUUGUCGCUGCUUCUCGCCAAGCAUGGGCCUUUUCGCGCGACGGCGCACUGCCAUUCUCUAGAUUCUUCCGCCACGUCAGUACGCGAAUCCAGUACCAACCAGUGCGCAUGAUCUGUGGCUUAGUAGUUGUCUCUAUUGUGUUGGGCCUACUGUGUCUGAUCAACUCCGCAGCCGCCAAUGCCCUGUUCUCGCUAUUUGUAGCAAGCAACUACCUAUCAUGGGGCACUCCAAUCUUCUGCCGCUUGGUCUGGGGCCAGGACCGGUUCACCCCCGGGGAAUUCUAUACCGGCCGCUUGAGCAGGCAUAUUGCCUGGGUAGCCGUUGUCUAUCUUAUUUUUGGCGUGACCUUGUCUGUGUUUCCAACUGAGGGUCCCAACACAACUCCAUCGAACAUGAACUACACCAUAGUAAUCAACGGCUUUGUUUGGUUCGGAUGUAUGGCAUAUUAUUUCCUUUUCGCACGGCGAUGGUACAUUGGCCCCCAGAUGACUGUCGACGAGAGUUUUUCUACUGCUUCGGACAAUAUCAUUGUUUUCCCAGUUCCCCAUCCGCUCCCUACCGAGACACCCGCAUCUUUCGAUCAUAAGGAAGAAUGA